GAGGUGGUGCAUGCAUCUUCGCCCAAAGUGGGGCUUGACUUUCUCUCAAUUCCUCUCUCAGACAGACUCACACAGGCUCACUCACUGCUGGACUGAAGAACUUCGCUCUGCUCUCAGGUCUGGCCAACAAAGAUGAUGCCUCUGGGUAGCUCUUCGUGAGAUUACCGCACAGCAGAGAAGAGUAGCAGCUCCGCAACUGAUGGGCUGCUGCUCUUUCUAUCUUUAACCCCUUUUAAAUUUGGACACAGGGGAGAAAUAAAUAGCUCAACACGCACUGUUGGGAGGCAAAUGAAUGGAGGAGAUUCAAGGGGAAUUUCCCAAGGCUGCAGUUACACCAAUGGACCAGGACGCAAGUUCUGAAUGGAUAAAACUGCACUGGAUUGAAUAAUUUUAUAUUUUGUAAAUAGUAUUAUUAUUUUUUUGUGCUUUUUUUUUGCAAGAAUAUCAUCUUUUAAGAUCUUGCAAUUGGAUUUUCACUGAAGGGGAAAAAAAGAAAAAAUAAUUCCAUCCUAUCUUUGGCUCAAGCAUGUGCUCUUUAAUCUUGCUUCAUCAGUGGAGUCUGGCUGUGUUCUUGCUCUGCUCUCCAGUCAGUCUUGAUGGGAAACCGGCACUUAUUCACAGAACGAGGCGGUCAGUGAGCCACGCCCAGCUGAUGCACGACAAAGGUCGCUCCAUACAGGAGUUCAGGCGCCGGUUGUGGCUACACGAGCUGCUGGUGGAGGUGCACACGGCCGACGAGCGCGCGCCACCUGUGCAGAGCAGAACUCUGGGUCAAGCCAUCAUUGGAAAUGCUCUUCACCAGAAGCCCCCAGGGGCCACCAAGGACCUCCCCGAGAGGAUCAAGCUGGACAAGGACGGCCCUGUCCUGCCCCAGGAGACCAACAAGGCCGUGGCCUACAAGGACGAGCCACUAAAAGUUGCCACCAAGAGGAAAAAAAAGGUGAGGAUGGGCCGGCGUAGAGAGAACGAAAAGAAGAGGAGGCGAGCGCGAUCUGCCAUUACAAAGGAGCCAUGAAGGACGGAAAAACGUAGAAAAGCCCCCCCCCCAGGAUCUUUUAACAUGGUGCUGCACUAAGACACUGACACAGACUGAUUUCAUGGCGCUGGGCUUGUGCUUGUAUCAUAAAAUGUUUGUAUUUUUGUUUCCUCACACCCCCCGGAGUUUCACCAUAACAUCUCCUUAGGUCAGUAUUUAUUUAGAAAACCCAUGUAACGCCCAUGUCCUACAAAAACAUGACAUGCAUUGUAAUUUCUAAGCGUCUGUGAUCACGGAUAAAGCACAGGAGGACAUUUUCAUUUCCUAUGUACAGUAUAACAACUAACAAACAGGGAUGCUGAGUGAUCUGCUUUGCUUUGGCUUUAUAUGUGUUGACUAUCAUGACUUUUGAGUCACGACAAACUCUUCAACUAACACACCUGUUCAUAUAGUUCUGUCAUAAUUUAUUUCCCUUUGUAAAUGUGUAUUUAUUUUGUGAAUGUAUCACGGUGCUGCUGACUAAAUUCCAUUAUGCACUUUAGUAACAUCCUGUACACUUUCUUUUGUGGUUUAGUUUGGAUUUAGCGAUUUUGUUCUUUUUGUUGUUGAUGAUAGCCUACUGCUUUCCUUCCCCACUUCACAUCCGCUCACGGAGUCAUAACUUACUGGAAGCUUUUACCGAACCCACUCCCUUCAUUUUACAUUCUAGUUUAUUUCAUGUAACAUGCCAGAGUCAGGGGUUAUCAGACUCAUUAGUCUGCACUUGCACUGAGGGAAUGCUGUACAUGUUUCAAGUUAAUCAGUUAUUAAAAUCGUAGCCAUUA